AUGGUAAGUGUAAUCGCGAAAGCCUCCAAAGAAUCACACACCACGAGUGCUACGGACCAGAAAAUGGAGUCAAAGUUAAAUGUUUGUGACCUGCAAGCUAUUUAUGAUGCGUUUUCUUUUGAAGGAAAAGGAUAUGGCAAUAAAUUGAGACUAACUAAGGAACAAUUUGCUGAGAGUAUGGGCCUGCUUAUAAGCCGUGGCUCACGGCAGGAGUACAAGGAUCUCUUUAGUAAAAUCGAUAUCACCUCAGAUGGUUUUGUCGACUGGGACAAAUUUGCAUCUUAUUUGCUUUUGGAAUUUUAUGAGCAAGACAACAGGCAAAAGAUUCUAAAUGUACCACAGUGGAAAGAUCUGAAGUCAAUUAAGAGCCCUCAUAAAGGUAAUCUACAGAAAAUUGUUUUUCUGAAAAAUAUUUCAAGAUACUUGUCGAUAAGUAGGGAGGGACUUGCUACACUUUGGGGGAUAGACCUAAAAUCACACAGAAUAGCUAAAGUGUCAACGGAAUCAUGCAGACCAAAAAACUUCUGUGUUAUCGACUUCGCUGUAAUGCCAAAUGUUAACAGAGUUGCAGUAGCUUUUACCAGCAAGGAAAUUGCGUUUUGUAAUUUAGGUAUUAAAAUGGACUUAUUUUGCCCUAUCAAACUGUGCGAUAUAACAGAUAUACCAACCAGCCUAAACCAUUGGUAUAAACCUGAUAAUCCUAAUGAAGCCUUAUUGGUCUGGGGAGAUACUAGAGGAUACCUCAACAUUUUAUUCUGGGCCUAUGCUACAAUGGCUUUGUUUGAGAAGCCCACAAAUUUAUCGAAGCAAAAAGAGGAAUCAACAUUCAGUGUCUCUUUAAAUGAUGUCAUUCAGAAAAAAUCAAAAUUUGUUUCAUUCUUACGUUUGUGUGUGCACACAGACUGGGUGCGUAAAGUAAUGUAUAUCCCUCAGCUUGAAGCAUUUAUUACAUGCUCGACGGUAUGGAAUAAUUCAAUGAUUGUUACUUGGUUGGAGAAGUUGCCUACAAACGACACUCUGGGCAGAAACCGAAAUAUACUUUGUGAACCUAGAGCGCUAUCUCGUCGUUCUGUUUUCGCCAUACACAAAGGUAUAAAUGAUUUCGAUUUUCAUGAAGGUAAUAAUCAGAUAGCAACAGCUGGAGUUAAUUAUCAUGUCUGUCUAUGGAAUCCCUAUGUUGUUUCUAAACCAAAUGGGUUGCUUAGAGGUCAUUUAGCCGCUGUAGUAGCUGUUCAGUAUCAUGUUUCAAGGAGUCGUUUACUUAGUUUCUCAAGAGAUCGUGUACUGCGUAUAUGGGAUGUUCAACUUCAAGUCUGUUUACAGAGAAUGAAUGGUGUUUGUCCUGAAGGGUUAAGUGAUGAAUUAGUUUCACUAAAGAAGCAAAUUACAACACGUAUGUUCUUUCACGAAGACAGAUUACGUUUAUUCCUAAGCUUUAAUCAUAAUUUAACAGUUAUGGAAAUGCGUAUCAAAGUAAAUGAUCGUGUUUUAAGUCAUGAGGAAGCAUUGGUUGGUGUCAUUUAUAAUCCAACAUUUAAUCAAAUUGUAACAGCAUCUCAGAAUGGUGCAAUAUCAUUUUGGUUAAUUGAAACAGGGAAACGAGUUAAAAAUAUUUCCCGUAGUCAUGGUGAAAGCGAAUUAACAUGCUUAGUACAAGAUCCAACAGAAACGAAAUUCUACACUGGAAGUACAGAUGGUACAAUUAAGAUAUGGGAUAUGAACGGUUACUGUUAUCAUACAUUAAUUUGUUAUGGUGGUGCACACGGUGAAAUCGGUCAAAUUGUUAUCCUUAAACGUGCAAUCAUUGUAUUGGGUAAUUCAAAUCAUUUCACUGUAUUCCGGACAACUAAUUUUCGUGAUCAUUAUGUUUAUCCAUCUGAAUGGAAAGGUGGUCCAUCACCGGAUUUUAUGUACAGUAUUUCACAUCUUAUUUUACUAUCAACACGUAAACAUAUUGGAUCUGGUAGUCACAAAGGUGCAAAUCUUGUUUCCUGUGGUGGAAAUGGAAUUGUACGAUUUUGGAAUGCAUAUUCUUGUAGUUUAGUGGGUGAAUUUCUAGCUCAUGAAAAUGCUAGCAGUAUCAUUAUGACAAUAGAUUCCAAUGACGAGUAUUUGGCAACUGGAGAUGUUGACGGUACAGUAAAAAUAUGGAAUAUUAAAAAUUACUGCCUAGCUGAAGGAGAGUUGGAAGUAGAUUAUGCACCGGAUUUGGUUGGUAAAUGGAAGGCUCACUCAGACUCAAUUUCCGGCUUGUGUUUUUGUUCACGGGUGGGACGCGGAACCUUCAUAACUACAGCAUCUAGUGAUUGUUCAGUGAUAUUAUGGACGCUUGCUGGUAUGAAGAUAGGUAUAUUUGGACAGGAAAUUAGGUGGAAAUUGGAAAAUAUAACACGAGAUAUUGUUUUACCGUCGAUAGCUAGCACAGAAAGUACAUAUGAAGGUACUUCUGGUGAUACGUUAGUGGAUAUUCCAGCAUCAUUCGAAAGUGUUCAACAGCGUUCGGACAUAUUAGGAAGAGAAUCACUUAGUCCUGAUUUCACUGUUGAAACUACAGGAGAAUUAGAUGGUACAAUGUCACUUGAAGAAAUGAAUAAAGCUUUGACUAACUUUCGAGUGAAUGCUUGGAAAAAUACUAUGCUAGGCAAAGUAUAUCAAGAAGUGCGUCUCAGUAAACGCCAACGAAAACAGCCCGUAGUUUUGACAGAAUUCUUCGAUACACCGAUUGAAGGAGCAGUUCAAACGAAUCAGGGACCAUAUUAUGCAUUACAUUUAAGUGCAUUUGACCAGAUCAAUGAAAUGGAACAACCAGACUUCAUAAUUCAUCCAGAAAAUUAUUUCACUGAUAAAGAAGAAAUUCCAGCAAUUACAAUGAGUAAAAAUAAUCCAGAAUCACUCCAACCACUUCCAGACUAUUUCAAUGAAGAAAGUUUAUUUCCUGAUCACAUUUUAAAGUUUGAUAGACAAAUGCAACUUGUUAAUAAAUUUAUUGAUACACAUCAUUCUUUGGAUAAAAUGAAAAAGGAUAAAUCUUCAGAUCAUCAAAAUAAUCCAGUGACAUGGCGACACAAAGAUAUGAAAUUUCAACAAAAAUUUAGUUCAUUCCAUCUACCACCAAUUAAUCAUAAGAGGAUUUAA